CAUGCUUGACAUGGAUGCAUGGAAAUCCAGUGAUGGGAGACUCACCUUUAACAUCACAGAGGCUAUCUCCUGCUCUACUAACAACAUUAUUUUUUUGGCAAAUUGUCAAAAAUGUGGCAUGUCCACUAUAACCAGUAGCAAGGUCAACUUAAUGGAAAAAUGGAGGAGUUGGACAUCAAAACUCAGCCAGUCAAAAACAAAGGGUCUGGGUGACCUUGUCUACCAUAUGAAGGAUUGUGGCCCUGGUAACCUCCUGAUACUCCCAUGCAUGACCUUUGAUGAGGCCAAGGAGGCCAACAGAAUUACCAAAUUCUGCAGAAGCAUUCUCAGCAGUAAUUAUAAGGAACUCAACAACAUCAUCAAGAACAACAAAGACAUAAAAAUAGAAAAUAAAUAUGGUGAUUGUCUUUUAAGAAAAGUUGAGGUGAGUGUAAACAACCUAAACAUUAACCUUACAGAAAAUCUUGAGGUUGACCUACCCAACCUGUAUGAUGGUGGCCCUCACUACUCCAUCUUAACAAACACCACCAAUAAAGUUAUUAUGAUUGAUGAGAGGAUGGUAAAUGACCUUAGAAUGCAGGUUAUCCAACAACAAAAGGAGAUUGAAAAUCAGAGGAAAAUCAUUGAGCAACAAAGAGAGGAAAUGGGAAAACUAAAACUAAACAACAACAUAUUCACUUGGAAUAUAAAAGAAGCAGGUACACUUGUCUUCACACCCAACUCUCAAACACAGAGAAAUAACAACAUCACCCUAGUAAAUCAGAACAACUCAGAGGAUACUACUGAUACCAGUGAUGAAGAAGUGGAAUUUAUGCAAAUGCAUAGUCCCAAGACCUUCCAACCUACAAAAAGAACAUCUGACUUUAACCUUUUUGAGAAUGAAGAGGUCAGCCCACCUAAAAAACAUUCACUAAAAACCAAUAGUAACUAA